AUGACGAUCGCCAAUUUCCUUCUAAACACUGGUUGUUUUUUACCAGCCAUAGAGUUGUGUGAGGAAUGUUUGAUUUUACUAAACAGUCAAGCGCUUGAUAAGGAUGGUCCAAUUACCGACUCAAUUCUCGUUAAGAGUGUCUACACCAUAAUGGCCAAAGCAAGAGAGAAAUACUUCAGGGAACUCCUUAUCCUGCACCAGGACUCUGAUGACACCUUCCCACAGGGUAGGUUUAAUUUAUUACUGGCAAAUACACUUCAAUUUCAAAAGAAGUUUGUGGAGGCCAGAGAAUUUUAUAAGGGAGCAAUAAAAAUCAUGGAAACGAAUGGCGACAAACAAGGAAAAGCAAUUUGUUACAAAAACUUGGCAACAUUACUUUAUUCCUUUGAAGAAUAUGACAAAUGCAAAAAGUAUCUGGAGAAGGCCCUUGCGAUUAGAAAGGAAAUUGGUGACAGAGUUAGAGAAGCAGUGGAUUACAGAGAACUAGGAGGACUGUCAAAAAAACUUGGUAACCAUGACCAGGCACAAAAAUAUUACAAGAAAGCACUUGCCAUCACAUCGGAAAUUGGUGACAGAGAAGGAGAAGCAAUGGUUUACAGAAACCUUGGAACAGUGUUUCAAUCGCUUGGUAAUUAUAACAAGGCACAAGAAUAUUACGAGAAAGCACUUGCUAUCACAUUGGAAAUUGGUGACAGAGAAGGAGAAGCAACGGUUCACGGAGACCUAGGAAUAGCGUUACGAUCGCUUGGUAAUUAUAACAAGGCACAAGAACAUUACGAGAAAGCACUUGCUAUUACAUUGGAAAUUGGUGACAGAGAAGGAAAAGCAGCGGCUUACGGAAACCUAGGAACCGUGUUUCAAACGCUUGGUAAUUAUAACAAGGCACAAGAACAUUACGAGAAAGCACUUGCUAUCACAUUGGAAAUUGGUGACAGAGAAGGAGAAGCAAUGGUUCACGGAGGCCUAGGAAUAGCGUUACAAUCGCUUGGUAAUUAUAACAAGGCACAAGAACAUUACGAGAAAGCACUUGCUAUCACAUUGGAAAUUGGUGACAGAGAAGGAGAAGAAGCGGCUUACGGAAGCCUAGGAACCGUGUUUCAAACGCUUGGUAAUUAUAACAAGGCACAAGAACAUUACGAGAAAGCACUUGCUAUCACAUUGGAAAUUGGUGACAGAAAAGGAGAAGCAGCGGCUUACGGAAACCUGGGAACCGUGUUUCAAACGCUUGGUAAUUAUAACAAGGCACAAGAACAUUACGAGAAAGCACUUGCUAUCACAUUGGAAAUUGGUGACAGAAAAGGAGAAGCAGCGGCUUACGGAAACCUAGGAACCGUGUUUCAAACGCUUGGUAAUUAUAACAAGGCACAAGAAUAUUACAAGAAAGCACUUGCUUUCACAUUGGAAAUUGGUUACAGAAAAGGAGAAGCAACGGUUUACGGAAACCAUGGAAAAGUGUUUCAAUCGCUUGGUAAUUAUAACAAGGCACAAGAAUAUUACGAGAAAGCACUUGCUAUCACAUUGGAAAUUGGUGACAGAAAAGGAGAAGCAACGGUUUACGGAGACCUAGGAACAGUGUUUCAAUCGCUUGGUAAUUAUAACAAGGCACAAGAAUAUUACAAGAAAGCACUUGCUAUUACAUUGGAAAUUAGUGACAGAAAAGGAGAAGCAACGACUUACGGAAACCUAGGAACAGUGUUUCAAUCGCUUGGUAAUUAUAACAAGGCACAAGAAUAUUGCAAGAAAGCACUUGCUAUCAAAUUGGAAAUUGGUGACAGAAAAGGAGAAGCAACGACUUACAGAAACCUAGGAGCAUUCUUCAAAUCGCUUGAUAAUUAUAACAAGGCACAAGAAUAUUACAACAAAGCACUUGCUAUCGCAUUGGAAAUUGGUGACAUGAAAGAAGAAGCAAACGUUUACGGAGACAUCGGGAACCUGUUUACGUUACUAGGUGAACAUAACAAGGCACAAGAAUAUUACAAGAAAGCAUUGGCCAUUAGAAUGGAAAUUGGUGACAGAAAAGGAGAAGCAGCGGAUUACGAAGACCUAGGAACAGUGUUCCAAUCGAUUAAUAAUUAUGACCAGGCGAAAAAAUAUUACAAGAGAGCACUUGCUAUCACAUUGGAAAUUGGUGACAGAAAAGGUGAAGCAGCGAAUUACGGAAACCUAGGAACAGUGUUUCAAUCGCUUGGCAAUUAUGACGAGGCACAUCAAUAUUACAAGAAAGCACUGGUCAUCACAAUGGAAAUUGGUGACAGAAAAGGAGAAGCAGCGGUUUACCGAAAUUUAGGAAGCGUGUUCCGAAUGCUUGGUAAUUCUGCCCAGGCGCAAGAAUAUCAGGAGAAAGCACUGGCCAUCAGAAAGGAAAUUGGUGACAGAAAAGGAGAAGCAGCGGAUUGCGGAACCCUUGGAACCAUGUUUCAAUCGAUUGGAAAUUAUGACGAGGCACAAGAAUAUUACGAGAAAGCUCUGGCCAUCAGUCUAGAAAUUGGUGACAGAAAAGGAGAAGCAGCGGUCUACAGAAAUUUAGGAACAGUUUUUCAAUCGCUUGGUAAUUAUGCCCAUGCGCAAGAAUUUCACGAGAAAGCACUUGCCAUCACACUGAAGAUUGGUGACAGAAAAGGAGAAGCAGCGGUUUACCGAAAUUUAGGAAGCGUGUUCCGAAUGCUUGGUAAUUCUGCCCAGGCGCAAGAAUAUCACGAGAAAGCAAUUACCAUCAGAAAGGAAAUUGGUGACAGAGAAGGAGAAGCGUCGGAUUACGGAAACCUAGGAGCAUUCUUUCAAUCGAUUGGAAAUUAUGACGAGGCACAAGAAUAUUACGAGAAAGCACUGGCCAUCAGUCUAGAAAUUGGUGACAGAAAAGGAGAAGCAGCGGAUUACGGAAACCUAGGAACAGUGUUUCAAUCGCUUGGUAAUUAUAGCAAGUCACAAGAAUAUUACGAGAGAGCACUUGCUAUCAUACUGGAAAUUGGUGACAGAAAAGGAGAAGCAGCGGUCUACGGAAAUUUAGGAACAGUGUGUCAAUCGCUAGGUAAUUAUGCCCAGGCGCAAGAAUAUCACGAGAAAGCACUUGCCAUCACACUGGAGAUUGGUGACAGAAAAGGAGAAGCAGGGAAUUACGGAAAUUUAGGAACAGUGUUUCAAUCUCUUAGUAAUUAUGCCGAGGCGCAAGAAUAUCACAAGAAAGCACUUGCUAUAAGACUGCAAAUUGGUGACAGAAAAGGACAAUCAGCGGAAUACGGAAACCUAGGAACAGUGUUCCGAGUGCUUGGAAAUUAUGACGAGGCACAAGAAUAUUAUGAGAAAGCACUGGCCAUCAGUCUGGAAAUUAGAGACAGAGAAGGAGAAGCAGUGAAUUACGGAAAUUUAGGAACAGUAUUUCAAUCGUUAGGUAAUUAUGCCCAGGCGCAAGAAUAUCACGAGAAAGCACUUGCCAUCACACUGGAGAUUGGUGAUAGAAAAGGAGAAGCAGUGAAUUACGGAAAUUCAGGUAGAGUUUUUCAAUCGCUUGGUUAUUAUGACCAGGCGCAAGAAUAUCACGAGAAAGCACUUGCCAUCACAAUGGAAAUUGGUGAUAGAAGAGGAGAAUCAGCGGAUUACGGAAACCUAGGAGCAGUCUUCCAAUCGCUUGGUAAUUAUGACAAGGCACAAGAAUAUUACAAGAAAGCACUGGUCAUCAAACUGGAAAUUGGUGACAGAAAAGGAGAAGCAGUGGUUUCCGGAAACCUAGGAACCGUGUUCCAAUCGAUUGGUAAUUAUGACGAGGCGCAAGAAUAUCACGAGAAAGCACUGGCUAUCAAUCUGAAAAUUGGUGACCGAAAAGGAGAGGCAGAGGCUUAUGGAAACCUAGGAACAGUGUUCCAAUUGCUUGGUAAUUGUGCCCAAGCACAAGAAUAUUACGAGAGAGCACUUGCUAUCAGACUGGAAAUUGGUGACAGAAAAGGAGAAGCAACAGAUUACGGAAACCUAGGAACAGUGUUUCAAUCGCUUGGUAAUUAUAACAAGGCACAAGAAUGUUACAAGAAAGCACUUUCUAUCGCAUUGGAAAUUGGUGACAGAAAAGGAGAAGCAACGAUUCACGGACAACUAGGAACAGUGUUUCAAUCGCUUGAUAAUUAUAACAAGGCACAAGAGUAUUACAACAAAGCACUUGCCAUCACAUUGGAAAUUGGUGACAGAAAAGGAGAAGCAGCGGAUUAUGGAAACCUAGGAACAGUGUUUCAAUCGCUUGGUAAUUAUGCUAAGGCACAAGAAUAUUACGAGAAAGCACUGGCCAUAAGAAUGGAAAUUGGUGACAGAAAAGGAGAAGCAACGGACUACGGAAAUCUAGGAACAGUGUUUCAAUCGCUUGAUAAUUAUAACAAGGCACAAGAGUAUUACAACAAAGCACUUGCUAUCACAUUGGAAAUUGGUGACAGAAAAGGAGAAGCAACAGUUUACGGGAAUCUAGGAACAGUCUUUCAAUCGCUUGGUAAUUAUAACAAGGCACAAGAAUAUUGCGAGAGAGCACUUGCUAUCAGACUGGAAAUUGGUGACAGAAAAGGAGAAGCAACGGACUACGGAAAUCUAGGAACAGUGUUCCAAUCGAUUGGUAAUUAUGCCCAGGCGCAAGAAUAUCACGAGAAAGCACUUGCUAUCAGACUGGAAAUUGGUGACAGAAAAGGAGAAGCAGCGGAUUACGGAAAUCUAGGAACAGUGUUUAAAUCGAUUGGUAAUUACGCCCAGGCACAAGAAUAUCACGAGAAAGCACUUGCCAUCAGACUAGAAAUUGGUGACAGAAAAGGAGAAGCAGCGGAUUACGGAAAUCUAGGAACAGUGUUUCAAUCGCUUGGUUAUUAUAACAAGGCACAAGAAUAUUACCAGAAAGCACUUUCUAUCAGACUGGAAAUUGGUGACAAAAAAGGGGAGGCAAGGGAUUACGGAAACAUCGGGACCCUGUUUUCGUUACUAGGUGAACAUGACAAGGCUCAAAAAGAUUUGGAGAAAGCACUACGGAUUCAAAAGAAACUUUGCGACAGAAGUGGAGAAGCAAGGUGUUAUGGAAACUUGGCAGCUUUGUUUCUGUCACUCAGAAAAUACCCUAUGGCAGAUAAAUAUCUACAGCAAUCACUGGCAAUAGCAAAGAAAAUUGGCGAUAAACGUGUAGAAGCAGCAGUUUACGGUCAUCUGGGGAUAAUUUCUUGUCAUCUUCAGAAUUAUGAAAAGGCUCAAGAACAUCACGAGAAAGCCCUUGCAAUCUGUAAGGAAAUUGGCGACAGAGAUGGAGAAGUAGUCGCAUACAAAAAUUUGGGGGCAUGUUUCCACUCGCUUGACAUAUAUAACGUGGCCGAAAAAAACAUCAAUAGGGCCUUAUUAAUAAGCAAGAAUAUUGGACACAACUUGAACGAAUUUAGCUGCCUUCGUCAACUAACGCUGUUGAAGCUAUCACAAUUUAAUCUCAAAGAGGCCAUGUCAUAUCUUUUUCAGUGUAUUGGAAAAUUCGACACGUUGCGAGGUUUCCUUAAAGAUGACGAUCAGUUUAAGACUUCUCUUUUAGAGGAGCACGGCAAUUUCCCAUACAAGUUGCUCAGCUACUUGCUUUCUUCUACCGGCGAGCCAAGAGAUGCUCUUUAUGUUGAGGAGCUGAGACGGGCAAGAGGCCUCGCCGACUUCAUGGCAGCCAAGUACUCUGUUCAAGAGCUGAUCUCAGGAAAUCCACAGUCAUGGCAUGGCAUUCAAAAUAUCAUCCCAAAAGAAACGGACUGUACAUGUCUUUAUAUUUCAGUUGAAAAAGAACAUGCACGGUACUGGAUUCUCGAAGCAUCAGGAGCCAUUCAUUUCUCACGAAAGAAAGUGAGUCUGGAGAAACACGUGGUGACCCAAUUAGUUCCUGAUUUGGACGAGUUUUUCAAAGAGAGCUUCCGCAGCCUUGACAUUUUAUCUCAACAGAAUUGCGAAGAUCGAUCAUUAGAUGACAACGAAUCGAUGCCACCUCACAAGCCCAUGCGUGACUAUGAUCCAAAAGAUUUCAAAACGAAUCUUCAGUCGUGUUACGAGUUAAUCAUCGCUCCCGUGGCCGAUUUACUGAAAGAGCCCGAGAUUUUAAUUGUCCCUGAAUCCUGUAUGUACCAAGUCCCAUUUGCUGCCAUUAGUGAUGAAGGAGGACUCUAUUUAGUGGACACUUUCAGGAUCCGCGUCGUUCCCUCUCUGACGACUCUAAAGCUGAUUCAGGACAGUUCCCCAGACUAUCACAGUCAGAGAGGAGCACUGAUAGUGGGUGAUCCUGAGGUUGGUGAGGUGCUUUUGAAAGGAAAACGCAUGAUCCCAGAAUCAUUGCCAUGCGCACGAAAGGAAGCAGAAAUGAUUGGACGACUUCUUGGAGUGACACCUUUGACUGGAGACCGUGCAACAAAGGAGGCAGUUCUUGAUGCAAUAAAUUCAGUAAGUCUGAUUCACUUUGCUGCCCAUGGUGAUCCCGAAAGAGGAGAGAUUGUUCUCUCUCCUAAUUGCCCCACCAAUUUUAUUCCACAAGACGAAAACUUCCUUUUGACGAUGGCGGACAUUUCAAAAGUUCGGCUGCGAGCUAAAAUGGUGGUACUCAGCUGUUGUCACAGUGCUCGUGGGCAGAUUAAAGCCGAGGGAAUUAUUGGAAUCGCUCGAGCGUUCUUAGGAUCCGGUGCUCGUUCAGUGUUGGCGGCACGGUGGGCCAUAGAAGAAACAGCCACGGAGGAAUUCAUGAGAUGUUUCUACCAAAACUUGUUCCGCGGUAAAAGUGCAAGUGAAUCCCUUCACGAGGCCAGGAAAUGGUUGAGAAAGAACGGCUUCGAAAAAGUUUCUCAGUGGGCUCCCUUCAUGCUUAUUGGCGAUAACGUGACAUUUGAUUUUGAAAAUUGGUCCGGGUCUAAAACAUCCAAACAGCCAUGA